UAUUAAUACUAGCACCCUCCACUCUCUAUUGUUUACCUUCUUUCCCCAACAAAUUAUGACAAUGAACGGCAAGAGCAUAAUUAUGCUAUCGUUUUGAAUUGUCAAACAUUGUACUAUAAAUUUUCUAACAAUGGAUUCUCACGAAACUAAGAAAACGAUAAAACCCGAAGAAAUUCAUUUAGUAUCAACAACAGAAGAUUCUAAAGAAUUCAAUUUAUUACUCUGGGCAUUAAAUCAUUCAUCUGUAGUUGGAUUAGAUGCUGAAUGGAAACCUUGUAGAACCAAGCAAUACUCUUUCCCAACUGUUUCACUUCUUCAAAUUGCCUGUAGAAUCAAUCAUGAAGUGAUAGAGUAUACAGAUUCACAAAAUAAUAUAUGGGUUUUUCUAGUUGACCUUUCUUUGAUCACCCUUUCUUCAAUUUAUCAACUUCUUAGAGAUAUGUUUAUUUCACCUGAUAUUUUGAAAUUAGGGUUUAGGUUUAAACAAGAUUUAGUUUACUUAUCUUCUACCUUUUCUUCUCAAGGUUCCAAUCCUGGCUUUGAUAAGGUGGAACCUUAUUUAGACAUUACAAGUAUAUACCAACAUCAUUUACAAGAGAAGCAACCAGGAAGAAAAAUGUCUAAGGAUAUGAAAAGCUUAGCAACUGUAUGUGAAGAAAUGCUCAGUGUUUCACUAUCCAAGGAUCUCCAAUGUAGCGAUUGGUCACUCCGCCCUCUUACAGAAGAUCAAAAAACAUACGCCGCUGCAGAUGCACAUUGCUUAUUAGAGAUAUUUGCUGUUUUCCAGGAGAAGGUUCUCAAAGAAGUUUCUACUUCGAGGGAUACUACCGAACCUCGGAACGCAAAUGCACUUCUUGGAUUGAAAGAAAUUCUUGUGAUGCCCGAUGUCUGUGAUAAUGUUCUAAGGCUAAAGUUCUGUCAAGCUUCAGAUAUAGUCAGGUUGACUCCAUUUUCUCCAGUAUCAUCUAUUUCCAAGGUUUUGUGCAUGAAGACUGCUCCGUUGGGAGUUUCUCUUUCAAACAUUAUCUCAAGAUACGGUGAAAGAAUUUUGCUGAAGGAAUCCGAUAGAAAACCUAAAACUUCUAAGAGAAAAGGGAAGAGACAAUCCUCGACAGGACUAACUUACAAAGCGAAACUGAUUGAAUGUUCCGGUGAUUGGCAAGGGCCUCCACCAUGGGAUUCGUCAUUAGGGGGUGAUGGGUGCCCAAAAUUUCUGUGCGAUGUGAUGGUAGAGGGUUUAGCGAAACACCUCAGGUGUGUUGGAGUUGAUGCUGCAACCCCUUGUUCAAGAAAGCCUGAACCAAGGCAGUUAGUCGAUCAAGCACAAAAGGAAAAACGGGUACUCUUAACUCGGGAUGCGAAACUAUUGAGACAUGACUACUUAAUAAGAAACCAAAUAUACAGGGUGAAGAGUCUCUUGAAAAACGAUCAGCUACUUGAGGUUAUUGAGACAUUUGACUUGAAGAUUUCUGAGAAUAAGCUAAUGUCAAGGUGCACCAAAUGUAAUGGAAACUUCAUUCAAAAACCGCUAACAACUGAAGAAGCUGUAGAAGCUGCGAAGGGAUUCCAAGUAAUCCCCAAUUGCUUGUUCAACAAAAAUUUGGAGUUCUGGAAAUGUAUGGACUGUAACCAGCUUUACUGGGAGGGAACACAGUAUCAUAACGCAAUUCAGAAGUUCAUUGACGUCUGCAAGUUGAAUGAUUAAAAGUUGAAGAUUGUGUACACAUAAAGGAUGUGGUUAUAGCCCAUGUUGUAUUACUAUUGGUAAUAGGAAAAUUUACUCAGCGAUAAAUUUGCUCCGAAAGAAAACAGAAUUUCUGACUAUCAGUGGACCAUCUCAUCUUUUGUCUUCAAUUCAUCAUGCUUGUGUUCAUCUAGCUUAA